UACAAAAAUUUAAAUUCUUUAUUUUUUUUUCGAUAUUUUUUUGGAAAUUGUUUGAUUUGACAAAAUGUGUUCUCCUUGCGGACCGGGAUGUGGACCCUGCGACCCCUGCUGUGGGCCCUUCGAGUGCUCCCCCAAGUGCUACAACUCGGCACAGCUGGAGGCGUUGCCGCAAUGUGCACCGCGCAUACCGCCGCCCUUCCCCAAGUGCAUCACCGUGCAGCAGCCACCUCGCAUGAUCUGCAAGAAGCGGGUCGUGUUCACCGAGAAGAUUGUGCCGGAGCCGAUGGUCGUUAACCGAUGCAGGCAGAUCACGAUCCCCAAGGUGGUCGAUGCCACGCGAGUCAUCAAGGUGCCGAAGCUGAUUUGGGUCUCGCAGAUGGUGCGGGAGCCACGCGUCAUCUACUACCCGUCGAUGAUACCGGACCCGUACGUCGUCUGCUACCCGAAGCAGGUCUGCGAGCCCAGGGAGGUGUGCCAGUCGAUCCUUUGCCAGCCGAAGCCGCAGACGAUCGACAUCCCUCCUCCGAGGGAGUACUGCUGCUACCCCAAUGGACCCAUCAACUACAAGCCGAGCGCCGCCUGUCCGCCGUGCCCCAUUGGACCCUGUGCCCCGGGCGGAGGAUGCUGCCCCUUGCCGUGCUUCUCCACCAACCAGUAUCCCAUUGCCGAGGGCCGCUGUGGCCCUUGUGGUCCCUGUGGCCCCUGUGGGCCUAGAUGCGGACCCUGUGGCCCCUGCGGACCGGGCUCCUGUGGACCAGGACCCUGUGGCUAUGGUCCUUGCGGUCCUUGUUAAGCAAC